AUGGACGACAAAGUGCAUUCGCUGGACGGUGAGACAAGAGAUAACAGCCCCGUCCCAAAGGAGUUGGACGUUUCGGUGCAUACUCCCGACACAAGCGACUCAGAACAUAGUGAUGCCGAAUUGAACCCGUUCAAGGACCCCAAGACCCUGGCACACUGGCAGAAGGUAUACGAGAAUGCCUCAUAUGAGUGUCGACACGUCUUGGACCCAGAUCUUGAGUGGACUGCCAAAGAGGAGAGGAGACUCGUCUGGAAACUCGAUUUGCACGUCUGUCUCUGGGCUUGCAUAAUGUUCUUCGCCCUACAAACGGACCGCGGGAAUCUUUCCCAGGCUGUCAGCGACAACAUGCUUCAGGAACUGCAUCUGUCAACGAACGAUUACAACACCGGCAACACCAUCAACUUGGUUGCCUUUCUCUGCGCCGAGUUGCCUUCCCAACUGAUAUCGAAGAAGGUUGGCCCAGAUCGGUGGAUCCCGACGCAAAUGUGCCUGUGGUCUAUCGUUGCGGGUUCACAGGCUGCAAUGACAGGCAAGGCUGGGUUCUACACUACGAGAGUCCUCCUCGGUGUUCUUCAAGGCGGGUUCAUUCCAGACCUGGUGCUCUGGUUAUCGUACUUCUACAAGAGUGGAGAGCUACCUCUUCGACUUUCGUUCUUCUGGACUGCUGAAGAUCUCACGGGUGUGGUUACUUCGCUGCUUGCGUUCGCUCUCUUUCAUCUCGAUGGCGUUGAUGGUCUGUCUGGCUGGCGGUGGUUAUUCUUAAUCGAGGCGUUGAUCACCCUGACGGUCGGCGUUGCGGCCUUCUUUUUGAUGCCUGCUUCUGCCGUUGCGACGAAGACCUGGUUCAGGCCGAAGGGGUGGUUUACUGAUCGAGAGGUUGGGAUUGUUGUCAAUCGGGUCCUCCGGGAUGACCCUACAAAAGGUGACAUGCACAACCGCAUGGCUAUCACGCCAAUGCGUCUCUGGAGGGCUCUGUGCGACUUCGAUAUUUGGCCAAUAUAUGCUAUGGGAUUGAUCGUGUUCAUCCCGAUAGGUCCUCCAACGACAUACCUUACGUUAUCUCUGCGAAGCUUGGGCUUUUCACCCUUCAACACGAACUUGCUUACGAUCCCGUCGACGGUAGCGAGCUGCUUCACACUCAUCGGCUUAACCUGGCUCAGCGAGUGGGUCGGCGAGCGAUCUCUCAUCGCCUCGUUGCAAAAUGUUUGGGUCCUUCCCUGCCUCAUAGCCCUCCGAGUCUGGUCCGGCACAGAGCAAGAUGCCUGGGGCACUUUCGCCCUUAUCACUGUUCUCCUCUCCUAUCCCUACUGCCACGCCAUCCUCGUCGCCUGGGCCUCUCGCAACUCCGGCUCCGUACGAACUCGCUCUGUCUCGGCAGCCGCCUACAACAUGAUGGUCCAGCUUGGAAACAUCGCGAGCUCCAAUAUCUAUCGCUCCAACGACGCUCCCGUCUAUCGCACCGGGAAUACGGUGUUGAUUAUUAUUGAUGUUGUAGCGAUUUUGAUGUUUCCGGGUACGAAGAUGUAUUAUAUUUGGAGGAAUAAGAGGAGGGAAAGGGUUUGGAAUGCGAUGACGGAUGAGGAGAGGAGGGAGCAUUUGGAAGGGUUGGGUGAUUCGGGAAGUAAGAGGUUGGAUUUCAGAUUUGUGCAUUAG